GGAAUAUUCACAGGCAAAGGUCUAUCAGGGAUACACACUACCCAUAGGAAGAUUUCAGCCAAGUUUGUCUGUGAUCAGAAGCUGGACCUGGAGCGACAUGGACACUCAGGUGUUUUGCGAUGUUGGACAAAUGAAUGUUCCAGGGAGCGUUCAUUCAUUUCAGGGACAACAGGAUUACAGACUACUGACAUUUCUCUAUAAAGGAGAUGUCAGUAGGAAAGGAAAAAAACAUGUCUACAUGUUUGUCCUACCUGAUGCCGCAGUCUAAUAGGUCAUAAAAAUAAAUGUAUUUUUAUUCAUUUUUCAGCCAGGGUGACUUCAUAUUGCCUGCUUUCCACUAGAUUUUGGAGCGUGGCUGUGGGGAUUUGUGUUCAUUCAGCCACAAGAGCAUUAGUGAGAUCAGACACUGAUGUUGGGUGAGGAGGUCUGGGGUGUAGUCGGCGUUCCAGUUCAUCCAAAAGGUGUUCAGUGGGGUUGAGGUCACGGCUCUGUGCAGGUCACUCGAGUUCUUCUACACCAGCCUUGCCAAACCAUGUCUUCAUGGAGCUCGCUUUGUGCACAGGGGCAUUGUCAUGCUGGAACAGGAGAAGCAUCCAGAGAGGGUUUUUUGGAGGAGGCCAUGGAGGCGCCAAACAGAAUAUGACUUUAGAGGACAUUGCAAAAGGAAUCAGAGAACGAGAGUACAAAAGGAUAGUGGUUAUGGCUGGAGCAGGGAUUAGUACUCCAAGUGGAAUUCCAGAUUUCAGAUCACCUGGAAGUGGCCUUUAUGACAACCUCCAAAAGUACAACCUCCCCUAUGCCGAGGCCAUAUUCGAGAUUAACUAUUUCCAUUACAACCCUAAACCUUUCUUUGCCUUGGCUAAAGAGUUGUAUCCUGGUAAUUAUCGUCCCAAUCUGGCCCACUACUUCAUCCGGCUGCUUCACGAUAAAGGCCAGCUGCUCAGGAUGUACACUCAAAACAUCGAUGGGCUGGAGAGAAUGGCAGGAAUCCCAGCUAAGAAGUUAGUGGAGGCACACGGGACAUUCGCGACAGCCACAUGCACAGUUUGUCGUCGAGAAUACCAAGGUGAAGACCUGCGUAGCAAUAUAAUGGAAGGAACAGUGCCUCACUGCUCUCAGUGUAAAGGAGUGAUUAAGCCUGACAUCGUGUUUUUUGGUGAAGAGCUGCCACAGCACUUUUUCCUCUACCUCACCGACUUCCCCAUGGCAGACUUACUGAUUGUAAUGGGGACGUCAUUAGAGGUGGAGCCAUUUGCCAGCUUAUCUGGAGCCGUGCGAAGUUCUGUGUCUCGCCUCCUUAUAAAUCGUGACCUGGUGGGACCCUUUGCCUGCGGCUCUUCACUGCACAGUGACGUGGUAGAGCUGGGUGAUGUAGUGAGUGGCGUGAGGAAACUAGCAAACACUUUGGGCUGGAUGCCUGAGCUGGAGACUCUCAUGGCUGACGAAGGUCAGAAGGCUUCAAAGGAGAGAGAGGAAUGACUAUCCGGAUGUGGGAGACCAGCGUCAUUUCUCGCAUCCUCUCAGUCAUUUUGUGGCUGUGAUGUCUCGGCUCGACACAUGUGGCACUUUAACAACCGGUGAAGUUGAACUGUAAUGAACGCAGCACUUGGAGGCUCAGCUCACUGCAUUAGUCUCCCUUUGUAGCUUUAAUGGUUGUUUUACAACCUCAACGUUAAUAGGGAAUUGUUAAUGGUAUGAACUAUGAGCUGAUUAAAUGUGAUAUUCUUUUCAGGUGAUUUAACAUUUUUAUUCCUACUUAUUAAUAUUAAAAGCUUUGAAAGGUGUCA